AUGGCCCUGGAAGGUCCAUUGAGAUCAUCCACCGGAAGUGCUUUCUCGUCUCCCAUGGACAUGUCUAUAUCGUCGCCAGAGUCUACCUCUGCUCCUCGUUCGCAGUUCCGCCCAAUGUCUACUAGCGCCUUGGAGUCUGGUUCCUUUCGACCGACGCUGGCAGCUAGCCGGCCACUGUCGAGCAACAAUUAUCUCCUGAGCCCAGUCGACAUGGUUGGCCCCUCACCAGUCACAUCUAUCGGGACCGAAGUGACGGAGAUCGACGACGAAGAAUAUGAUGAGGUUCGGUCUCAGCCCAACGACAAGAGCCCCGAUCAUCAUCAUCCUCAGAUGCCGAGUAUCAGCACGAACAUUUCCGAUCAAAUACGGCAGUCAACGGCUGAGGGCAUAGUAUCAGUCAUACAUGCCCCAAAAGGCUUUCAAAGUUGGUCGGCCGCCGACAGCUCCCCGAGGCAGUCAGACUCGGUCCGAACUUCGUCGCCCAAGUCUUCCUCCCCUGUGCCCGCGUCCGAAGAUACUGCCGUAUCUCCCCCUCCACCUGACCGAGUAUCAAAGGUUAAAUUCCCCGAUUUACCAACGCCACAUCUGAGGACAAAUAUCAAGCCAGUCAAGUAUAGUAUCGACAGCGCUACACCCAGGGCACAGACCUUGCAAGAGAUACUAGGCGAUUCGCCAAAAGCACGCCCUAGGAGCGCCAGUAGUCUCGAACUGAUCCCCGAAUCGAAGGAAUCAGAAACAGAUGGGGAGCCGGACCUGGACAGCUAUGAUGAUGAGGAGGAAUACGGCACGCCUAUUCGAGAGAAGAAAGGCGAUGAUGUGGAAAUCACGUCUCUCAAGGCGGCUCUACAAGAAUGCUGGACUCUAUGCAACACAUUGGCCAAUCUCAGUACACACCACCGGGAGAGAGUGUUCAGCACGUCGGGAACCCCUGACGGGUACGAAAAAGCUUGGAAGUGCUGUUGGGAAUUAUGCCGGCGUCUAUAUGACAACCGUGAAGAUACUGAGGACUCUUUUAACGUGCGCCAAAACCUAGAUCUGUGCCGAGAUUUUUGCCAGGCCCUGUUCGACGUACGGGAUCGCAGCGAUGAAGUGGCAGAUUCUAUUUUGCGAGUGAGCUUCGAGCUGAAUAAUCAUUUAUAUAGCGCACAGGACAGUCGAAAUCUCCCAGAGGCUUUCCGUGAACGAACACUGGACUUCUAUAUCACGUUGUGCCACCGACUCAUGAAGCAGCGCGGCGAGCUAGGCGAAGAGACAGACUCACUCCUAUCCGCGUGUUGGUCGCUGGCGGAGAUGCUAUUCAGUCUGCAGCAGAACAAGAGAAACGGCAAGGCAGCAGAUGAACGACUCCUCGGCUCGGCCGUUCAAGCGUGUUGGGAGCUCUGCGACAUGUUCAGGGCAGGAUGGACGCAAGUCCGGCCAGACAGGGGCACUCCACGCCCAGGCCAGGCCGGCUUCCUCUCGUAUGGUAAUCGAGAUUGGGAUGCAGGGGAGAUGGCGGACGGUCGAGAGAGUAGGACUUCGAGCCGCUCAAAGCCAAGUAGUCUAAAAAAUCCUUCUCACGGGGGAACAAAACCGUCACGAAACUACCCACCAGUACCCGAGACACCCUGCACCGAGUUUGAGGAUACGCCAGUUUCCCCGGAUACCGAGUCCCCCAGCAUGCCCAACAUCCUAGUGCUAGGAACCGACAGCAACCGAGGCGGCCGGUGGUCCAGCAGCGCCUCGAACCUAUCAAGCUAUUCGCAAAGCAGCCAGCGGACAUCGAGCACGGCGACCACGACAGCGACGACGAGCGAAGAAUCCAACAUCACGCGCAUCAAGAUGCUGGUCCUCAAAGCGGCCAUGAACCUCGGGUUCUCGCGGGACAGUGCAUCGGACGGGCAUCACAGCAGCGCCGCUGCCUCGCUACCGACCUUCGUCAAGUCGCUGCCCACGGGAUCCUUCGGCUCGCUCCCCUCGCAGGCGGCGCUGCUGCAGAACUACAAGAACCUCGUCGUGACCGAUUCGUCUUUUAGGCAAGCCUCGUCCCUACCCAAGUCCGGGAAGCGCGUUUACGCCACCGAUGUAGCGAAGAGCGUGGGAUGGAUGAUGCAUCGCUCCGGCCAAUACGGGUACCUGCGCGACUUGUUCAAGUUCGUUUUCGGCUUUCAAGUCGAGGAUGCUGAUAACAUGAGGACCGUCACCAUUGCCGUCUGA